AUGUCGGGUGGAGGCGAGGAAGAGGCAGACACAGCGGGCAGGUUGAGGCUUAGAGCGGUCUUUGUCCCACCCCUCGAGGCCAUCCUCCAGGCGCGCCUCGCUAUCUCCCGGCCCGGCCACUCCCUCUCCGGCCCAAACAGUUGUUUACAACGGAAUCCGGACGCUGGGCGUGCGUGGCCCCGAGUGCUGGAGAAAGGGUUUCUCGCCGGCGUUGGACAGAGCUCCUUGCUGUUGCUGAAAGACCCUUUCUCCUGGGGAGACUUGAGAGCAGCUUGGGCUCGGCGUGAGGCUCAGAUAGUGUUCACGGCAAGUGCAAGGAUCCUCCUACCCUCGGUUCCCUUUUUAGGCAUGGCAGGAGUUGGGGAUUGUUGA